GCGCGACACCACCAUGUUGGCGGAAGCAGAGUCCGCGCCGUGCUGGGGCCCGGCUGUCGCGUCCCCUGCGCCGCGGUCAGCGUCCUCCCCUUGCUUCGCCGGGUCAGGAAGCGGCGGCCCGCGCGAUGGAGAGACGCGAGAUGAAUCUGCCCACAGGGCCGGACACGCUGUGCUUCGACAAGGACGAGUUCAUGAAGGAAGAUUUCGAUGUGGAUCAUUUUGUGUCUGACUGUAGAAAGCGGGUGCAGCUGGAGGAGCUGAGAGAUGACCUGGAACAAUACUACAAGCUACUUAAAACUGCCAUGGUGGAGCUCAUCAACAAGGACUACGCCGAUUUCGUCAACCUCUCGACUAACCUGGUUGGCAUGGACAGAGCCCUCAACCAGCUUUCUGUGCCUUUGGGGCAGUUCCGAGAAGAGGUUCUGAGUCUUAGGUCAUCUGUCAGUGAAGGAAUUCGUGCAGUAGAUGAACGAAUGUCAAAACAAGAAGACAUCAGAAAGAAAAAGAUGUGUGUAUUAAGUCUUAUCCAGGUUAUUCAGUCGGUUGAGAAAAUUGAAAAAAUCCUAAACUCUCAAAGUUCUAAAGACACAUCUUCACUAGAAGCAAGCAGCCCACUCUUGACUGGACAGAUUUUGGAGAGAAUUGCCACAGAGUUUAACCAGUUGCAGUUUCAUGCUGUGCAAAGCAAGGGCAUGCCCCUAAUGGACAAAGUGAGACCACGCAUAGCUGGCAUCACAGCUAUGCUACAGCAGUCUCUGGAAGGCCUUCUGCUGGAAGGCCUACAGACCUCCAGUGUGGACAUCAUCCGGCACUGUCUGCGUACCUAUGCCACCAUCGACAAGACACGGGAUGCAGAGACCUUGGUUGGCCAAGUCCUAGUGAAGCCGUAUGUCAAUGAGGUGAUUGUUGAGCAGUUCAUUGAGUCACAUCCCAGUGGCCUUCAGCUCAUGUAUAACAAGCUCCUAGAAUUUGUCCCUCACCACUGCCGUCUUCUCCGCGAGGUCACAGGAGGGGCUGUGUCAAGUGAGAAAGGCACUGUUGUUCCUGGGUAUGACUUCUUGGUGAAUUCUGUAUGGCCGGAAAUAGUGCGAGGACUAGAAGAAAAGUUACCCUCGCUCUUCAAUCCCGGAGAUCCUGAUGGCUUUCAGCAGAAGUACACCAUAAGCAUGGACUUUGUAAGAAGGUUUGAGCGGCAGUGUGGGUCCCAGGCCAGUGUGAAGAGACUGCGUGCACACCCCGCCUACCACAACUUCAAUAAUAAGUGGAACCUGCCUGUUUAUUUUCAGAUAAGGUUUAGAGAAGUGGCAGGAUCCUUAGAAGCAGCACUCACAGAUGGGCUAGAAGACGCUCCAGCUGGAAGUCCGUAUUGUCUUUUGGCUUCUCAUACAACAUGGAGCAGCCUGAGGAAGUGCUGGUCUGAUGAGAUGUUCCUGCCUCUGCUGACGCACCGGCUGUGGAGGCUCACACUGCAGAUUCUGGCCCGAUUCUCUGUGUUUGUCAGCGAGCUUUCUGCCAGGCCCAUUUCUAAUGACAGCACCAAGGAAAUGAAAAGACCUCUAGCAUCUGGUAGCAAAGACCCUUCCACGACACAAGGAAAUACUGAAGACCAAGGAAGCCGUCCUUCAGAAGUGCCGGCAGUGUCUCUUUCCAGCACCCAGCUGGUAUAUGUGGUUGCAGACCUAGGCAGGCUUCAGGAGCAGCUUCCAGAACUCCUGGAGGCAAUCCGGCCAAAACUUGAAAUCAUCGGCUUUAAGAAUUUUUCAUCCAUCUCAGAGGCCCUGGAAGACUCGCAGAGUGCCUUGUCCACCCACAUGCCUGCUCUAAGCAGCAGGAUCAUCCAGGACCUGAGUGAGUCUUGCUUCAGUUACCUGAAGGGUGCCCAGGAGGUCCCUAGGCUUUAUCGAAGGACCAAUAAGGAGGUCCCCAGCACAGCCUCCUCUUAUGUGGACAGUGCACUCAAGCCAUUUUACCAGCUUCAGUGCAGACACAGGGACAAGGUGAAGCCGGCUGUGAUGCAGCAGUGGCUGAAGGAAGCUCUGUCUGAGAGUACACACAAGUACUUUGAGACAGUGUCAGAUGUACUAAACUCUGUGAAGAAGAUGGAAGAGAGCCUGAAACGGCUCAAACAAGCCAGGAGAGCCACCACCACCAACCCUGUUGGCCCCAGCAGUGGCAUGAGCGAUGAUGACAAGAUCCGUCUACAGCUGGCCCUGGACGUGGAGUACCUGGGAGAGCAGAUACAAAAGAUGGGCCUGCAGACCAGUGACAUCAAAAGCUUCCCGGCCAUCACAGAGCUUGUCCUCACUGCCAGGGACCAGGCAACGGCAGAGCAGCCCUAGGUGUCCUGGCAGGGCCUGAAGUCACUCAGCAGCAGCCCUUACUCCUGCCCAGUGCACGUGGACUAUCUUUCACCCAGAAAGAACAACAAGCCUUUUCCAUUGUAUGGAAGAUAGUUUUUAAGACAUUUGAGACUUUUUACUACAGUUUACAGAACAAAUUGUUUUAUUUUUGUUGUAAAUCUUAAUGUGGAAGAGCUGAUUUCUACAGUAGGAUUAAAAUAAAUAAGUGUGGCUA